CGUAAGCGAAGGUCAUCUCGAGAUGAACUUUACGAACGACUUCUGUCAUCACGUGACAUCGAGGAUGGCCAAGCAGGGGGUCAAACGGGAAUGCCAGAUCAGAAGGCGACAUCUGAUGUUCUGACAUCAUCUAAUGACCUUGACAUUGAACCAGAUCCUGACGAAUCAGAAUCUCCAUUCUAUGAUGGCGGCUAUGGCUGGGUGAUAGUUGGCGCGUGUUUCUUAGGUCAGAUCAUGUUCCCUAUUUGCUACAGUUUCGGGUUGUUCAACAUCGCCCUCUUGGAAUAUUACGGCAAGACCAAGGCCGAGACGGCGCUGGUUGGGUCGCUGUGCUACACGUUUACAGCUGGAUCAGGCCUGUUGGCCAGUCUGUUAUCGAAUUGGUUGAGCCAUCGAGUUACCGUGAUCCUAGGUAGCCUGUUGACGGCGAGCGGCUACCUGAUCAGUGCUUUCAGUUCAAGUCUUCCAGUCCUUUACUUUACGUAUGGCGUCAUUAUAGGCACCGGUGUAUCCCUUCAGACAGUACCUACGAAUGUCAUGGUGAACUUCUACUUCGAUAAAAGGAGAAACCUUGCAACGGGGAUCAUGGCUUCCGGCAGCGGACUCGGAAGUCUCAUACUCCCUCUAUUGAUACAAUUCUUCAUCGACAAAUACACCUGGAGGGGCGCCAUGAUAAUGUUGGCAGGGGUGUCGCUCCAUGGAUGCAUCGCCGGGGCUCUCUUACGGCCAAAUGAAAAACUAAAGCGCCUGCAAACGAAAACAUCGCAAAAAGUGAAAGUAUUUGAUUGUACUUUACUAAAAAAGUGGUCAUUUUUUGUCAUCCUGUUGGUUUUUGCAGCGGAGGGAAUGCAGACUCUGACCUUUUUCACUAUGUUCCCUCACCGCAUUCUUGAAUAUGAUUUUACUCAAGACCAGGCGGCGGUACUUCUCUUCCUCGUCGGAAUAGGCUCAACCUUGUCCCGAGUGGUCGCGGGAGCUCUCAUGCAUUUCUUCAACAUAGACUUGAGCGUUGCAUUUGGUACCGUAGUAGCGGGGAUGGGUCUAGCAAACUUGGCAGUUUCUUUCCAACAUACUCAGUUCUGGUCCUUGGCGCUGAUUGCCACGUUUUUUGGCGCCAUGUUGGGCGUAAUGGCGUACCUUUUCCCGUUGUACGUGUACGAUUUGUUCGGCAUCCGGAGAGUGACGAGUGCCUUUGGGUGUGUCGUAAUGGGCGAGGCGGUCGGAGGAUUCAUCGGACCAGCUUUGGCAGGCUAUAUUUACGACAGGACGGGUGACUACCAGAUUCCUUUCUCGAUCGCCUUCGGCUCGGCAGUUUGCAGCGCCCUCUUGAACACACCCCUGUACUUAUACAGAAGGCGCCGGAGGAAAGAACUGGGGAACUUUACAAUAACUUGAUAGCUAUAGCAUUUGCUCCUAAGCACUGGUACGCUAAUGCUAUAAGACCUCACGGUUUUGUGUGGAGGCUAUGGGACUUACGUUUAUACCCCACACAUACUCUUUUUAACAAUGAUUGCGCAUAACUCGGCCUUUCGUUAAUCGAUAACUUACGAACCCGUUAUAAGGGGUAUACUGACCAGGGCGUUGGGACUAAAUUUUCCAGGAAGCAAGAACAAAGUAUGACAAAGGCAGCGCCGUAUAACGGCAUCCCGCGACAUCAUUGGUUCAGUUUUUGGAUAAGAUGCGGGAAAUCGCGAUGCA